CAUCAUGGUCUUUGGGAAAUUCUUUCCCUUUCUGGCUCUCAGCAGCCUGUGGAUCCUGUGCCUGGCCAGCAGCCUCCAGGCAGCACCUUUGAGGCCAGCCUUGAAGAGCAGCUUAGACCCUACCCUCAGCGACCAGGAAAAGCGCCUCCUGGUGGCUGCACUGGUGCAGAACUACGAGCAGAUGAAGGCCAGGAAGCUGGAGCAGAAGGAGCAGGAGACUGCGGACUCUAGCGUUCACAACAAGCAGCAUGCUAAGGAUCAGAUAAGCAUAUCCGAGGAGAAGCUGAAAAUGUUGUUCUUAGCAAGUGCCCAGAAGAGAGCCUGCAACACUGCCACCUGUGUGACCCAUCGGCUUGCAGACUUGCUGAGCAGGUCCGGGGGCAUGAUGAAGAACAACUUUGUGCCCACCAAUGUGGGUUCCAAAGCCUAUGGCCGGCGCCGCAGGGACCUUCAGGACUGAGUAGCUACCGGCCCCCAGAAUGAAGGUUACGUGAAGCUGAACUCACCACGUCUAUUAAUUUUAUUAACCAGGACCUGAUGAGAAGGCCCCAUAGACAAUGCGUAUGUCUGUAUCCUGAUUGCUACCGGAGAACAUCACCCUUGUCACUCGAGCGGAAUGAA